GUUCCGAGGCCGUUUAUGGCGGCUGGGCCGGGCCACCGCUCCAAAACAAAGGGCAGGCGGCCCGCCGGGCCGCGGCAGGAAGAUGCCUCGCGCCGGGCUAGGGCGCCAACGGCCGGAACGCGUUCCGGGCCGCACCGGGACCGCCUGAAAGCCGAGCCCGCAUCGACCGAGCCUGGGCCGAAUGGGCGCUGCGGACCGGGCCGCGGACCGCCGAGCGGCCGUUGCACUGUUUUUCUCUUGCUCCAGUGUGUGGACACUACCACACGCCCUCCAGAACAGCAACGGCUCUUGCGUGUAUUUUCCAGUGUUUCUUUUGUCAGAGAGUCCAACAGAGCCAUAGCUCCUCCAGUGCUGGUCUGGAGCUGAGUGACCAGCGCCCAGCAGACAUGGUGAAAAUGACCAAGUCCAAAACUUUCCAGGCUUAUCUGCCACACUGUCACAGAACUUACAGCUGUAUCCACUGCAGAGCCCAUCUGGCCAAUCAUGAUGAGCUCAUCUCCAAGUCCUUUCAGGGGAGUCAGGGGCGAGCCUACCUCUUCAACUCUGUGGUGAAUGUGGGCUGCGGCCCCGCUGAGGAGAGAGUCCUUCUAACUGGGCUGCAUGCAGUGGCUGACAUCUACUGUGAGAACUGCAAGACUACACUCGGGUGGAAAUAUGAACAUGCCUUUGAGAGCAGUCAGAAAUACAAAGAAGGAAAAUUUAUUAUUGAACUUGCCCACAUGAUCAAAGACAAUGGCUGGGAAUAGAUCGAAGCAGUCCACUCCUGUCCCAAUACUGUUAUGAAAGCUGAGUGUGACGAAGGCCUGGGACAAUACUUCUUGGACUUUGACCUCACAGGCUAGCCCAGUUCAACACUUGGAGGCCUUCUCUCUAGGCUGUUCACUGGGUAAGGUGCCCCCAUCUGAGCCCCCUUCUUGUACAGUUGUUUCUGGAAGUUUGCAAUUCUUUUUCUAACUUCUUACAUUCUAGAGAAGGAAAUAACCAACUGAUGACUCA